AUGGACGAUAUCAUCUUCAGGUCAACAAGUCCUCAGCUUUGCAAAGAAUUCGAGGACGUCAUGAAAAAGCGAUUCGAGAUGUGUUCAUUGGGGGAGAUGACCACGUUUUUGGGGUUUCAGGUCAAACAGUGUUCAGCCCGGAUCCUUAUUCAUCAAGCCAAAUAUGUGGACGAUAUGCUCGAGAAGUACGGGUUUAGAGACGCUAAAAAUGCUUUGACACCCAUAGAAGAGAGACCAUUGAUAACUCCCGAUCUUGAAGGCGAAUCCGUAUAUCACACAUACUAUAGAUCAAUGAUUGGAUCACUGAUGUAUCUGACUACAAGUCUCCCAGACAUUAUGUUUGCGGUCUGUCAAUGCGCGCGCUACCUGGCUAAUCCUGAACUGUCUCAUCUUACUGCUGUUAAAAGAAUUUUUCGCUAUGAACUAAAAGGGGUUGAGGAAGAAGAAAUAGCUCGGUUAGCUGAGGAUGGUGACAUAUACAACAAGCUGUCUAGAUCAUUGGCUCCUGAGAUAUUAGGACAUGAAGAUAUCAAGAAAGCUCUUUUACUCUUAUUAGUGGGCGCUCCUCAUUGGAAGCUCAAGGAUGGGAUGAAGAUAAGAGGGGAUCUACAUAUAUGUUUGAUGGGUGAUCCUGGAGUUGCAAAAAGUCAGCUGCUUAAGCACAUAAUUACUAUUGCACCAAGAAGUAUGUAUACAACUGGAAAAGGAAGCAGUGGUGUUGGUCUUACAGCUGCUGUUCAGAAGGACCCGGUCACAAAUGAGUUUGUGCUGGAAGGGGGGGCAUUGGUGCUGGCUGAUAUGGGGAUAUGUGCGAUUGAUGAGUUUGAUAAGAUGGAUGAGUCAGACAGGACUACCAUACAUGAAGUCAUGGUGCAGCAGACGGUUAACAUUGCCAAAGCCGGGAUCACCACUUCUCUCAAUGCAAGAACUACAGUUCUUGCUGCUGCAAAUCCUGCCUGGGGGAGAUAUGAUCUCCGCAGAACUCCAGCUGAAAAUAUAAACCUGCCUCCUGCACUUCUAUCAAGAUUUGAUCUUUUGUGGUUGAUCCUUGACAAGGCAGAUAUGGACAAUGAUCCUGAAAUGGCCAGGCAUGUUGUUUAUGUCCACCAGAACAGAGAAUCUCCUGCCCUUGGCUUUGCUCCACUUGAAGCUUCUAUUCUCAAGGCAUACAUAUCAGCUGCUCGGAAGUUGUCUCCUAGUAUACCAAGAGAGCUGGAGGAGUACAUAGCCACUGCAUAUUCAAGCAUCAGGCAAGAAGAAGCAAAAUCAAACAACCCUCACUCCUAUAUGAUAUAUAUCCAACAAAUAUACUUCUCUGCAAUUGAAGACACUAACACAGAGAUUGCAACAAGAUCGGAGAAGUGCCAGAGUGAAGAGGAAACAACUCUUGGUCGAGGGAAAAGGAUUAACAUGGGAGAACUUGAAUUUGCAAAGGUGCAUAACUCGGCAAUCUUUCUUGAAAAUCCUCCAGCUGCUCACAAUGAUCUAAAAUUCAUUGUUGAGGGUCUUAAGAAAUGUUGUCUGGUUCAUGCGUUGACGACUAGUCCGAUGAUUUAUUAG